AGAACGGGAGGAAAUUGGAAUCCAGCAGCGGCGAGCAGCAGCUGGGCGGUCACAUCUGGGAAUGCAAAGCCGACCUCCCCCCCCUCCUCCUCCUCCUCCUCCACCUCCUCCUCCUCCUCUCUCACCCGGGAUCACUUCCGAAACCACUUCGCCUUCAGCCCCUGCCUCGGCCAGAGGGAUUUAUUUAAUGGGGAUGUGUUCAAGGCAAGAGAGAAUUCAGAAGGAUAUCGACGUCGUGAUCCAGAAGUCCAGAGCAGAGAAAGACUGCCUGUUUGCAGAUUUCAGAUACUCAGACUCCACCUUUACUUUCACCUACGUUGGCGGCCCCAAAAGUGUAUCCUACUCAGUACACGUUUCAGAAGACUAUCCAGACAAUACAUAUGUGUCAAGUUCAGAAAAUGAUGAGGAUGUCCUAGUCACCACGGACCCGAUUCCUGUCAUUUUCCAUAGAAUUGCAACAGAAUUAAGAAAAACAAAUGAUAUUAACUGCUGUUUGUCCAUAAGAUCUAAAUUACAAAAGGAAAAUGGGGAGGAGUCAAGGCAGAAUAGUACAGUGGAAGAAGACUCGGAGGGUGACAACGACUCUGAAGAGUUUUAUUAUGGAGGACAGGUGAACUAUGACGGGGAACUGCACAAGCACCCUCAGUUAGAAGCUGAUCUGUCUGCAGUGAGAGAGCUCUAUGGACCACAUGCAGUUUCUCUCAGGGAAUAUGGAGCUAUCGAUGAUGUAGAUAUUGAUCUGCACAUAGAUGUCAGCUUCCUGGAUGAGGAAAUUGCUGUGGCCUGGGAAGUGAUUCGAACAGAACCUAUUAUUGUCCGACUACACUGUUCUCUUACACAGUACCUAAAUGGCCCAGUGCCCACGGUUGAUGUCUUUCAGAUUUCAACAAAAGAGCGGUUUGGAUUGGGACAUCAGCUGAAAAAAAUCAUGCAGACAUUUGUUUCUCAGCAGUGGAAACAGAGCAAAGAAAAGUCCAAUUGCCCGCACGGUAAGAAGCUGUCGGAGAAGAAGGUGAAGUCUCCUCUACAUUUGUUUUCUACCCUGCGCAGGUCGCCCAGCUAUCCUCCCCCUGGAUGUGGCAAAAGCAAAUCCAAACUGAAACCCGAACAAGACGGCAUCUCCAAAACUCAUAAGCUGCUGCGGAGGACUUGCUCCAGUACCGUCAAAGCUGACGAUAUGUGUGCCAAGUCGCACAGGACUUUUGGGCGCUCGCUGUCCAGUGAUCCCAGGGCCGAGCAGGCGAUGUCCACCAUUAAAUCGCACAAACUUUUGGGCCGGCCCUGUUCCGCAGCCAGCAAGCAGGAGGACUGCCUCACACUAAAGUCCCAUAAGUUAUUGACUCGAUCUUGUUCUGGAGACCCACGAUGUGAGCACAACACCAACUUGAAGCCCCACAAACUGCUAAGCAGGUCUUACUCUAGUAAUCUCAGAAUGGAAGAGUUAUAUGGGCUGAAAAACCACAAAUUGCUCAGCAAGUCUUACUCCAGUGCCCCCAAGUCAUCGAAAACAGAGCAUUUCAAGGAACCCAACGCAGAGGGCAGGAGGCUCUCGCUUACCUCAGGGCUUAUCGGUAUUUUAACACCAUCAUCGUCUUCUUCCCAGCCUCCUACAAAUGGUGCAAAAUGCAUUCCAAUCCGAGACCGCGGCUUCCUGGUGCAGACCAUUGAGUUUGCUGAGCAGCGGAUCCCUGUACUGAAUGAAUACUGUGUGGUGUGUGAUGAACCACACGUGUUUCAAAAUGGCCCCAUGCUUAGGCCCACAGUGUGUGAGCGAGAGCUGUGUGUAUUUGCUUUUCAAACCCUGGGAGUGAUGAAUGAAGCUGCCGAUGAGAUAGCUACCGGAGCUCAGGUGGUAGACCUCCUCGUGUCCAUGUGUAGAUCUGCGCUGGAAUCUCCUAGAAAAGUUGUCAUUUUUGAGCCAUAUCCUUCUGUGGUAGAUCCUAAUGACCCUCAGAUGUUAGCCUUCAACCCCAGGAAGAAGAACUAUGAUCGAGUAAUGAAAGCUCUGGACAGCAUAACUUCCAUCAGAGAAAUGACACAGGCACCUUAUCUGGAAAUCAAGAAGCAGAUGGAUAAACAGGACCCCCUUGCUCAUCCACUUCUGCAAUGGGUCAUCUCCAGUAAUAGGUCACAUAUUGUGAAACUGCCAGUCAACAGGCAACUGAAGUUCAUGCACACUCCACACCAGUUCCUCCUCCUCAGCAGCCCACCAGCCAAAGAGUCCAACUUCAGAGCUGCCAAGAAGCUCUUUGGAAGCACCUUCGCCUUUCAUGGCUCUCACAUUGAAAACUGGCACUCUAUCCUGAGGAAUGGUCUGGUCGUUGCCUCUAACACACGUCUGCAGCUCCACGGUGCGAUGUACGGAAGUGGGAUCUAUCUUAGCCCAAUGUCGAGCAUAUCGUUUGGUUACUCAGGGAUGAACAAGAAGCAGAAGGUAUCAACCAAGGACGAGCCAGCUUCGAGUAGUAAAAGCAGCAAUGCGUCACAGUCUCAGAAAAAAGGACAGCAAUCCCAGUUCCUGCAAAGCCGUAACUUGAAAUGCAUAGCCUUAUGUGAAGUGAUCACGUCACCUGACCUGCACAAACAUGGCGAGAUAUGGGUUGUCCCGAACACGGAUCAUGUCUGUACACGAUUCUUUUUUGUCUAUGAAGAUGGCCAGGUGGGCGAUGCCAAUAUCAACACACAAGAAGGAGGUAUUCACAAAGAGAUACUCCGAGUGAUUGGGAAUCAGACUGCAACUGGUUAAAGGACCACCACAUCACAGGAUUUGAAAGCCUUCCUCGGGUUCAAAGCUGGAUUUUGAACUGAAGAAGAUGACAAAAUAAUUUAUUGUUAUUAUAAACAAAAUUAACCCUUUGAAUACUGAUUUUUCUUUUCUUAGUAUUUCUAAAUAUUUCAUUAAAUGCCUAAAAUGGUAUAAGAUUUACCAAUUGUAGGGUAAUGGAAUCCAGUAAAUAAAAAUUGAACAGCACUUAAACCGAAUUUCGGGUUGCAUACACAAUAAACAGAUUGAAAAAACAGUUCUGUGCUGAUAUUUUUAUAUGAAAUUCUCUAAUUGGACAUUCGGUAUUAUAUACUGCUACUUUAGGGUACUGAAAUAGAAUCCAGAUCGUUUUAUAAUGACUUCUAAAUCUACCAGACAGACUGCAUUAAGAACAAUGUCUGCACACUGCGGUGCGCUCAGUCAGGAUGAGUCAUACCAACAUUCGAAGGCCAUAGGAGGGAUAUUCCUACUCUCGUGUCUUAGAAAACAGCAGUUAGGUCCAGAGGCAGUGCCACAUGCCAGAAGGCAUGUAGCACACCCAUCCGUAGAUGUCAUGUUUCAGGAUGUGUGACUGAGCCACGUGCGUGAAUGUUCGUACAUGUAUUUUAACAACAGAGAUGGAUAGCCUCUUCAUUCUGUCAUUUAGUGAACAGAAAAUCAUAAUCAAUAAGCAGUAAGUCUGGACAUAAACCAUGAUGUGAGCCAAAUUUACUAUAGUUCAUUCACAUACACAAAAAAUACUUAUACACCCAUUUUCCCCCAAUAAUUUGAAGAAAUAUUCCACUGGUUGAUAUAACUAAUUUAAAAUGCUAUCUGAAUGUCAACUAGGGGAAAGGUAAUGUCCCUGAUGGCUUAAAUCUGUAUUUAAAUACCUAGUUGAUUUUUAAAAGGGACUACAGAAUUAACAGAGAGUGCACACUUCUUAUUUCUCCCAGUGGAGUUUAUUUGUACCAUAUCUGUGUUUUUAUAUUUUUCAUCUGCUACCUCUUGAUUAUUUUUUUCAUAUUGAGAAAGAAGGUGAACUUUGAAGCUUCUUUUACAUUAAAAGAACACAAGCUCACAGAGAAAACACCCCCACUUCAGCGCUUCUUCGUCAAGAGUCAGCGCUCAUCCAGUCCUUUCUGUUUCUUUGAUUCUUCAAUUCAUAGGCAUUUCAAGUUUUGACUGACAUUGUUUAUUUUGCUAUAUGAACGAUACCUUUGGAAUCAGGCCAUUCAUGAAAGCAUUUUAAUUAGUGAGUCUGCCACUCUGCUUAAUCCCUAAAUCAAGGCCACAUCUGAUUUUAAUUUAUGUAAACAGAAAAACUACAAAUGUGUCAUCAUUUGCAAGUGUGGUGUGAUAACUUGCCUGUUUAUUCCCUUUGGCAUAGAAGGUGAGAGACAGGUCAUGCAUAUUGUUGGGGGUUGCAGUUUAGGAAGAUUUUACUGAUCAUUUGUUUUCCUGACACUGUAAAUAAUUGAAAUGCCACCAUUUCUGGAAAAAAAAAACAUAGACUUGAAGAGGUUAGGAUACAGAUCAGUUUAGUAAUGUCUGCUCAAAAAGCAUCGAUUUGUUCUGACUUCUCCCUCUGAGCGUGGGAGUAAUAUCCGCGUGUUAGGCCUGUAUUGAGUGUUCAGUGAUCAGCUAUUUGAAGACUGGUGUGGGAUGAAAAUACCAUUUGCUUCUUUCAACCAGACCCCCUAAGUCACUGUAACAAUAUUUUAAGAUACUUUCUAGGCAACAAAAGUAGUUUACAGGCAUUCUAGUUAUGAUAAUAAUAUAAAGAUGUAGUUCUUAAAUUUGAAAUGGGGGUUUGUCUUAGGAAGCUCCUAAUAGGUCACCAGUGAGGAACCUCGAAAAGUUGGUAGAGUGCGUCCUAGCUCAAUUGAGAAGCCCUGACCCAAUCAAUUAUGGCUUCAUUUAAUAGUUGGAAUGCAGGACUAGAAUCUGAACCUGAAAGGUAACCUCUACUUGCUUUCAAGGGAGAUAAUUUAGAGGAAGGAAAGCUGGCAUCAAAAACUUCUACUGCCAAUUUAAGAGUACAAGAAAAUUUGCCUAUCCAAGUAGAAAAGUAAUUGGUAGUUUAAUACCCAUUUAAUACAACACAGUGAUGGGCGUUUUAUGAUAAUUAAAUGAGAUAUCUUAAGAUGAUCAUCGCGUUGUAUUACUUUCCCAGAAUUAGUUUCCCACAAUUGCAUCAGAACUUUUGUAAGCAAAUAUUCUAAAAAGAGUAAAACUUUUAUUGAACUUUUGAAAUUGGAACUCUUAUGAUACAUUAAUGAAAAUGCUUACAUUUCUAAAGGAUGUAAUUUCUACUAAUGCCAUUAGUAGGUGAAUACCCUACUUCCAAAACUCAAGGUCUCUAAAAAUUUCAGAGACAACUAUUAUCCUAUGACUCAGUCACCCCAUUAGGGUGAUUUUACUAGACGACUCUCGACAUUUUAGAUAGUACUGCAGUUUAAUUAUCGUUGGAAAAAUCUGUCCAUUGCCUUUUAUAACAGUAUUAUUAAUUCUGUGGUCAUUGCUACUCAGUAUGACCUACAAAGCAAACUUCAUUUGUGACUUGGAGUAAGGUCCAUUCUUUCUCAUGUUGCUAAUUUUAUAAAACAUUUCAUUAGGAAACAUUCUUCCUCUUUUGCUACAAAAUAGAGAUGAAAUGACUGGAAAUUGAAGUGGAGAAAAAUGUAAUGAGGUAUAAAUAAUCCAGCACUGCAGAGUGUGUAAUGGUGAAGCACUUGGAUGUGCCCAAGAGUGCGAUAGGCUGGUAGUUAAUCUCAGUCAGAUGUUGGGUUUGAAGGGUUCUUUUUUUUUUUUUUAAUCUAAACUUGAAUUUUAAGAGUGCCAUGUCCUUAGAGUUGCUGUGAAACUCCUUGGAAAUUUUAAGAAUUUGGCAUAGAAAUCACCCAAGUUUUCCUCUAUUGAUUAAAAGUAAGCAUUUAAUAUGGAAGUCUAUAAUCUUCAAUAUCUUAAAGACUAGAGGACUUUUACCAGUGCUUUCAGUACUGAAAUUUCAUUAAUCAUAACUUGUUUCAGGACAUGCAGUUUCAGAAAGCAUUCAGGACAAACUCAUUCACAACUUUCAUCACAUAGUAAUUUAAUUUCACAGAGGGCCACUCAACCUUGGAUCAUCUCUCAUCCAAAAAUUAGAGAUAUCAUGGUCACUUUUGAAGCACAUUAAAGAAACAAUAUUCUAUUGGUCUGCUGAAUUCUUCAUUCUAACACUACCUCAGCACUAAAGAGGGACUGCUUAUCAAAGCAAAUUGGUUUCCAGAGUAAGAAACAAAUACAGACAGAAGUCAUCAAAUAAAUCAACAGUUGAGACCAUACUAGACAUAGACAUUGCCAGCUGCUUCCUAACAGCUGUAGUGUAGGCCUCGUAGUCACAGCAAUUAAUGACAUAGUUAACGUGUUAUUGGAAAGGAUUUCAGUGGCAUAAUUAGGAGUUAAUUAGCUCACUGUAAGAUUCAUUUCUACAUGGGCCACUUUGAUGUCCAGUCACUUAAGAGCCACAAGCAAUUAUGGACUCUGAUGAUUUAAAGAAUUUAAAGAGCAAAACAAUAACAACAUAACCCCAGUUGAUGUGCUAGAAUGACAACAUGAACAUUCAGUUAUGCUGGCAACUGUUGCCUACGAAAUUUUUGUCAGCUCAUCUAUGGGUUUGAUGUAUAUUAUUACCCAGUAAAAUUCCCUUGGGGACUUUGUACACACCAUGAAAUAUAGACUAAGUUUUUGUAGGUCAAAAGUAUUUCAAGUAGCUUUAGACAAAACAUAUCCAUGAGUGUGAAAAAGCUGUAUUGAUGAGUAGAGUACCUUACACAUUUACCAGCAAGUCAGUAAAAAUAGUACUUAUUUACAUAGUCAACAUAAUUUAAUGUUCUGAAAACAGUUUCUUCAAUCUGCCCAGUAUUUAAUGUAUCAUUUGAGAUUUUAAAAACGGCAGCCACUCCUUUGUGUAAACAUUAAGGUAUGCCUAUGUUUCUUUGACUAUCCAACCUUCUUUACAAAAAGUUUCUUGACUUUUGUGCACAGAAUAGUAUUGCAACCUGCUAUUCAGCCUUUGGUGCCUUCCAGUUACCCUAACUAUUUAACACUAUGUACAUGAUGUAAAUACUGCCAAGAGAUCACUAAGGCCAAAUAUUUUCUCUAUUCACUUUCUAUUGCACUUGCUUUCUAUCGCUCCUUCGGCCUCUUGUAUCCAGCUUUGUAAUAGUUCUAACCUUGUAGCCAAUGUAAAUGUUUACUUUCAAUAAAUCUGAAUUUGUUCAA